AUGUGCAUCUCCAAAACCACAGAAAACUGGAAUUCUACCCGAAAAUCCACCAGAAGGAAACGCAAGCAUAUCCCGCACGCCCAGAGGUCUUCCGAGUAUGUUGAUAGGCGCAACAGAAGAGAGCGGAAUAGGAUACAGGCGGUAAAUGAAGCGUUUGAGGGACUCCGACGGAAAGUCCCGACGUGCGGACAGGAUCCGGAACUGAGGAUUUCAAAGAUGGAGGUGCUGACGAACGCUAUCGGCUACAUUGAGUAUAUGUGUCAAAUUCUGGGCUUCAGGAACUUUGUGGAGUAUUGCCGAGUUAUGGGGACUGGCAAGAUGAAAGAGAACCCCCCAGCAAUAUCUCAGGGUUGGGAAGCAAUGUAUAAUGGCCAAAAACUGUCCAUCUGCCCGGGCGGUCUGAGAGAAUCCAUCUGCCCAGGCGGUCUGAGAGAAAGACCCACUAAUGCGGGAACACCUUGGCCCCAGACAGUUCCCUCCGCCGGCCCCUGGGGAUCCAGCAAACCCUUCUCGACGUCUUAUUGUUCUCCAGAGACGUCAUCAUCACGUGAUUGCUCCCGUAUGGAUCAAACUUGUACCUACAAUUCACAUAAUUCCGGGGAAAUAGAAACAUUUUGUGAGUUUUCAGAGGGAAUUUUCGAGGAACCGAGUUACGCCCCUUGGAAUGAUGGACAGUCGGUUAACUUACUGAACACUUUCCAGCACCAGUCCAAGUUCAACCAAUCAGAUUGCCUCUAUAAUUCUGUUACUUGGAAUUAA